AACACAGAGCCAGUGGAACAGUGCUACACACAGUGCCCACCUGUGCUCACCAGGAUGCCCAACACCAUGCUGCCUGCUUGCUUCCUGGGCCUGCUGGCCUUCACUUCUGCCUGCUACUUCCAGAACUGCCCAAGGGGCGGCAAGAGAGCCAUGUCGGACAUGGAGCUGAGACAGUGCCUCCCCUGCGGCCCGGGCGGCAAAGGGCGCUGCUUCGGGCCCAGCAUCUGCUGUGGGGACGAGCUGGGGUGCUUCGUGGGCACCGCCGAGGCGCUGCGCUGCCAGGAGGAGAACUACCUGCCUUCGCCCUGCCAGUCCGGCCAGAAGUCGUGCGGGAGCGGAGGCCGCUGCGCCGCCACGGGCAUCUGCUGCAGCCCGGAGAGCUGCGAGACCGUGCCCGAGUGCCGGGAGGGUUUUCUCCGCCUCACCCGCGCCCGCGACCGGAGCAACGCUACGCAGCUGGCGGGGUCCACCGGGGCGCUGCUGCUGCGGCUGGUGCAGCUGGCAGGGGCGCGGGAAGUCGAUCCUGCUAAGCCGGAGGUCUACUGAGCCACCACCCCGAGCCUCACUUCUACAG